CACCAAGCUUUGAUAUCUUUGGGUUUUGCUUUCAUACGCUUGAACUUCCAUUCCUCUUUCGUCUCACAAAAUCCAAAUUUAGAGGUAACCUUUUCGUGUUCUUCUUCCCUCCAACGCGUAAAAUCCCUUUGUUCUCCAACCUGGAUACGACUUGGGCGGCGGAUUUGUUCUUCAGCAUUCCCAGAAAUUCAAUCCCCAUUUGGGUUUACUGUUCUUUUACUGAAAAUAUCCCUCUCAUCCCUCUCCACAUUGACACUUUCUGUGUAGAUUAUGGGUUGCUGUAGCAGCACGCAAAAGCCUCCAACAUCAGGUCUUAAUGGGUUUGAUUCGGCGACAGGGAUUGCAACCAGAGGUCCAUAUCAAUCUUACCAACCUCAGUCUACUGUCCCGACACAGAAGGUAACAGCCCCUCAAACCCAAAUCCCAUCUAAUAGAAAUCAGCCUCAGCCGCCUCCAACAGCGGAGAAUCCACCGUCAGCUUCCGCUUUCUCAAAGCCUGCGGUUGCUACUCCUAGAACAGCGCAACAUCAUCCAGACACCAUUCUGGGUAGGCCCUAUGAUGAUAUUAAAAAGUACUAUACUCUUGGAAAAGAACUGGGUAGAGGUCAAUUUGGUAUUACCUAUUUAUGCACUGAGAAUUCCACUGGCCAAACUUACGCCUGCAAGUCUAUACUCAAACGGAAGCUUAUUAGUAAGAAUGAUAAGGAUGAUAUGAAGAGGGAAAUUCUGAUUCUCCAGCAUCUUUCUGGACAACCAAACAUUGUUGAGUUCAAAGGUGCUUAUGAGGAUAGGUAUUCGGUUCAUCUGGUGAUGGAACUUUGUGCUGGUGGGGAGCUUUUUGAUAGGAUUAUUGCGCAGGGUCAAUACUCUGAGAAGGCUGCUGCUGAAAUUUGUCGUGCUAUUGUGAAUGUUGUUCAAAUAUGCCAUUUCAUGGGGGUUAUGCACCGUGAUCUGAAGCCUGAAAAUUUCUUGUUGUCUAGCAAGAAAGAGGGAGCAAUGUUGAAGGCUACUGAUUUUGGACUGUCUGUUUUCAUUGAAGAAGGUAAAGUGUACCGUGACAUAGUUGGUAGUGCGUACUAUGUUGCUCCUGAAGUGUUGAGGCGAAAUUAUGGGAAGGAAAUUGAUGUUUGGAGUGCUGGAGUUAUUUUGUACAUCCUUCUCAGUGGUGUGCCUCCAUUUUGGGCAGAAAACGAGAAAGGAAUAUUUGAUGCCGUACUGCAAGGAGACAUCGAUUUUGUUAGUGCACCGUGGCCGACCAUAUCCGAAAGUGCUAAAGAUCUUGUGAGGAAAAUGCUGACACAGGAUCCGAGGAAGAGGAUUACUCCUUCACAAGUUCUAGAACAUCCAUGGAUCAGAGAAGGUGGAGAAGCAUCAGACAAGCCAAUCGAUAACGCCGUUCUGGCUAGAAUGAAGCAAUUCAGGGCAAUGAAUAAGCUUAAGAAGCUUGCUUUGAAGGUCAUUGCGGAAAACUUAUCUGAAGAAGAAAUCAAGGGCCUUAAAGCCAUGUUCGCAAACAUAGAUACUGACAAUAGUGGCACAAUCACCUAUGAAGAAUUGAAGACAGGCUUAGCUCGUCUUGGUUCACGGCUCUCAGAGGCUGAAGUGAAGCAGCUAAUGGAAGCUGCCGACGUGGAUGGAAACGGAUCAAUCGACUACAUUGAAUUUAUCUCUGCAACAAUGCACAGGCACAGACUAGAAAGAGAUGAACACUUAUACAAAGCAUUUCAGUUUUUCGACAAGGAUAGUAGUGGAUACAUUACAAAAGACGAGCUGGAGGCUGCCAUGAAGGAUUAUGGCAUGGGUGAUGAAGCCAGCAUCAGGGAAAUCAUCUCUGAGGUUGACACAGAUAAUGAUGGUAGAAUCAACUACCAGGAAUUCUGCGCAAUGAUGAGAAGUGGAACAACGCAACCAGGAAAGCUCUUUUAAUUUCUUAUUAGCAAAUUCAAACUUCAAAGGGGUCGGUGAAUCUGACGGAUUGCCAGAACCUCUUAAAUUCAGACGUCAAAAUAGUUGUCUGGUUUUUUCUCUUUCUUUUACUGCCUUAGCUUGAGAUCAGUACUUCCCUGAGAAAUAGAGGUAAGUUGUAUGUAUAUGUAGCCUGUCUUUUUCUCUUUUAGCUGUUACCUAACCGAAGAAUCCUGCAAGAGCAAGCUAAUAGUUUUCAUUCUUGUCAUUUCCA